UGUGUUCCUCAGGUGUCUGGUCUGAUCAUGUGUGUGUGUUCCUCAGGUACCUGCAGGAGGUGGGCUACACCGACACGAUCCUGGAUGUGAAGUCUCAGCGGGUCAAAGCUCUGCUGGGAUUGGCCGGAGACAGUGGAGAGAGACCCGGAGACCAGCGGCCCGAGCCCAUGGUGAACGGCACCGAGCCGAGCGCUGAGGACCAAACCAGCACCAUGAUCGGUAAACCCGAGAUGUCGGACUCGGCCACGGUUCUGGAAGCCUUCAAGUUCAUCGAGAAAGCGGCGGCAGAGUUCAGCGAUGAAGACGAGGAUGAUGAUAGUGAGGGACAAAACAAGACCAUCGUGGACCUCGCCACCAUGGUGAGGAGGAAGGUUUCUCCGUCGCCCUCCUCUUCCUCCGCAGACAUGAGUGAUGAUUUGGACACAGAUGAAGUUCUGAAGGGCUUUGAUUUCCUGGCUAACAGUGAAGACAUGGAGGGCCCGUCAGAAACACACUCCUCUGCGGACAGAGCCGACUGGGAGAAGGAAGAGCAGAGCCCCUCGUCUGAGUCCUGGGACGUGGAUGAGGGCCUGAUCUCUAAACUCAAGGAACAGUACAAGAAGGAGCGCAAGGGCAAGAAGGGGGUGAAGAGGCCGAACCGGUGUAAGCUACAGGACAUGCUGGCUAAUCUGCGAGACGCGGAGGAUUUGUCGUCUAUUCAGCCUCCGGUGGCGCCGCCGGUGCGUCCCAACUUACCCCGCCUCAACGAGAACCAGCUGGGCCGCACCGAUGAGGUGGAAGCCCUGACCUUUCCUCCGUCCUCGGGAAAGUCCUUCAUCAUGGGUUCUGACGAGGCGCUGGAGAGCGAGCUGGGUCUGGGAGAACUCGCCGGGCUCACCGUGGCCAACGAGGCCGAGACUCUGUCCUACGACAUCACGAACAACAAAGACGCCCUGCGCAAGACGUGGAACCCGAAGUUCACCCUCAGGAACCACUUCGACUCGAUCCGCGGCCUGGCGUUCCACCCGGUGGAGCCGGUUCUGAUCACCGCGUCUGAAGACCACACGCUGAAGAUGUGGAACCUGCAGAAGACGGCACCAACCAAGAAGUGUGCAGCUCUUGAUGUCGAGCCCAUCUACACGUUCAGGGCUCACAGGGGUCCGGUUCUGUGUGUGGUGAUGAGCUCGACUGGAGACCAGUGUUUCAGCGGGGGUUUAGACGGAUCCAUUCAGAGCUGGAACACUCCCAACCCCAACAUCGACCCCUACGACUCCUACGAGCCGUCAGUGCUGCGCGGGUCAUUGUGUGGACACACAGAUGCAGUGUGGGGUUUGGUCUACAGCUCGGCUCAUCACACACUGCUGUCCUGCUCCGCUGACGGGACCGUGAGACUCUGGAACGCUGCAGACGCUGCUCCCGCCAUCGCCCUCUUCAACCAGAACCAAGAACUGGGCGUCCCGUCGUCAGUGGAUCUGGUGUGCUGUGACCCGGCUCACAUGGUGACGUCCUUCAGCAACGGCAGGACCGGCAUCUUCAACAUGGAGACCCGACAGAUGAUCCUGGAGCUGGAGUCGCAGGCCGCCGGGAAACCCGAUGCGCCGUGUCAGAUCAAUAAAGUCCUGAGCCACCCGACGCUUCCCAUCACCGUAACGGCACAGGAGGAUCGGCACAUACGCUUCUUCGACAAUAACACCGGCAAGUGUAUUCACUCUAUGGUGGCUCAUCUCGAUGCUGUAACCAGUCUCGCGGUGGAUCCCAAUGGACUCUAUCUGAUGUCCGGCAGUCACGACUGCUCCGUGCGUCUGUGGAACAUGGAGAACAAGACGUGCAUCCAGGAGUUCACGGCUCACCGGAAGAAGUUCGACGAGUCGAUCCACGACGUGGCGUUUCAUCCCAGCAAAUGCUACAUCGGCAGCGCGGGAGCCGACGCCCUCGCUAAAGUCUUCGUAUGACCUCUGACCUCCGACCCAAACCGCUUCCACGAACUCGAAGCUGAUGAUCCGGGCGGGCCUGGUGCUCGAGGGGAAGCACACACACACACACACACACACACACGAGGAGCGUCUCGGCUCCUCCUCCGUUCAGCCUCACAGGAAGUUACACGCUUCCUAGAUUAAUUUCUUUUAUUUCCCUUUCAUUAUGUCUCUCCGGACGUGAGCAUUAUUCCUCUCCUUUUAAACGACGUGCCUUUUGCUUCAAACAGUCUCCAGAAAGUCGGGCUCUCUCCGUUCCUCUCCGGCGCCUGGAAAUCAACUUUUAAACUCAAAUACGUCACAUGAUUGCGAGUUCUAGAGCCGGAUGGUCUGAACACACUGAGGCGAGCGUCAGAUCCGAGUCCGGUCCGCCGCUGUUAAUUUAUUCAAUACAAUCUGUACAUAAUAUAACAUGAAAACGGCUCA